AUGUUUUCAAUUAUCGAGAUUGUUGAUAAAAUAAAGAAAUGCUUAAACACCAUAGAAGUAUCAACAUAUAUGAUAUCAUUUAAGAUUGAUAAUAUUAUAAUGGAUUCAUUUAUAUUAGGUAAAUUAUAAAGAGAGAAUAAUGAAAAUUCAUUUGAAAAGAAUUUAGAUUCCAUAGUAAAUCUUAGAUAGAUUAAUUAAAGUAUGAAAGAAACAGUAUCAAUUACUAAGUGUUAUGAUGAAAUUUUAUGUGGAAGUUAAAAUGUAAAAAAAUAUUAUUGAUUAUUAUUAGCUGGAAAAAAUAUCUACUUUAUCCAAAGAAUAGAAUGUUGAAGAAUUUCUUAUUAUUCAAGAGGAACCUGAUAUAAUUUAAUCUUUACCAGAUUAAAGAAAAAAAUUUAUGUUUAAUUUUUAAUAGAGAUAAUUCUAAGUUAAAAAUUCGCAUGAAAAUAGGAAAGAUUAACAAACUAAUGAAUCGAAAAAUGAUUUUAAAUCAAUUGAAUUAGCUUUAAAAAUUUAACAAGAGUAUAUCAUAAAUAAUUAUAAAGAUUUGAAUAAGAAUACUAAAAUGAUUUAUUAGCACUAUAAUUGUAUGAGAAUCAAUUUUAAGAUAAGUAAAUUAUUGAAGAAAUUUAAAAUUAAGUUGAAUGUUAAAUUUGUUUAGAAGAUAUUUAAUUUAUAGAAUUAAUUGCUUUAUACUGUGGACAUAUUUUUCAUAAAAAAUGUCUAAACGAAUAUUGUCAAAUAUAAAUUUAGUCUAAAAGUGUUCCAAUGAGAUGCCCUUGGGCUAAUUGUAAAGAGAAUGUAAUGUAUUCUGAUUUGAGAGAAGUAUUAGAUAUGCGUAUUUUAAAUGAAUUUUAACAGUUAACCUUUACAGCUUAUAUUAAUAAUCAUAGUGAUGAAGUAUUAAUUAAAAUAAAGUUAGUAUUCUUGGUGUCCAACUCCUGAUUGUACUUAUAUUUUUAUCGCAAAUAAUUCAUAAUUUUAUUGUCCAGUUUGUAAAAAAUCGUAUUGUUUAAUUUGUAAAACUGAAUUCCAUUAAGGACAAACCUGUUAAUAAUACAGGGCCAGUAAUUAUUAUGGAUCUAGAAAUUAAUCAAAAGAUCUUGCUGACUAAUAGUUCUUUAACUUUUUACAAGGAGCGAAAUAUAAAUAAUGCCCAUAAUGCAAAUUUUGGGUAGAAAAAAAUUAAGGUUGUGAUCAUAUGACUUGUAGAUGUAAAUUUGGGUUUUGCUAUGUUUGUGGUGGAGUUUACUUACAGUGUGCUUGCAUUAACAGGAUAAACAUGAUUUGA